AUGGAGGAAGAAAAAUCCAAAUCUAAGAAGAAAGCGGCCACUCACCGCAAGUCCCUGUCGUGUGAAUAUUGCAGUCGAUCUUUCGCUCGCUUAGAGCAUCUCCAACGCCAUCUCCGCACACAUACCAAGGAGAAACCCUUCUCAUGUGACAUCUGCUCCAAAUCCUUCGCCCGAAGUGAUCUUCUAGUGCGACAUGAACGAUUAGUCCACCCUGCCGAGAGUGCUGCCAGUCGAGAGCAUCGAACUCAAGACACCGAACCCAAGCAUGAAAUACCCAUCCAGUCCAAUCUCGUUCAUCCGCCCCGCCAUGAGUCGCGCAUGUUAGAGCUUGCAGACGCCAUCCCAGUACACACUCAAAUACCUCCACCUCCUCCACCCGAAGUUGUUCACACCCCAUCAAUUAUCGACGCACCCCAUUUUAAUCCCUCAUGGGGCUACGAUCUGAACCUGUUAUCCCAUGCCGCAAGCCAUGUCGCCUUAGAAGGCCAACAGGAAAGCUUAGAGUCUAUGAGAAAGCCCUCACAUACCUCUGCUCCGAUCUCCCAAUCGAUCCCUCAAGUCCCAGAAAGAGCCAUCGCGGAUAGUUAUGGUGUAGAGCCUUCCAUACUCGAUCUUGCCGAUCUUGGAGAUCCUGUACAGGAUUUUACCGUUUUCCUUGAGAGUGUGGGUCUAUCAUCCGAUUGGGACUCGGGCGUUUUCUCGUCGGUCGAGGAGCCUAUGCUACCACCAGGCAUGGGAAUAGAUGCAAAGUCUAAUCGUGACACAUUACAUACCAGACUCGGGGGAGAUUUGAUGAACGACUCACGGGGACCUGCGGACGACCAGCCAUCUUUUUCGAACUUCGGAUCUCGCCUCCCAUCAUUACAGCCAGAAUCUCACGAAAUGGACGAUCGUAUUGGCCUUGCCGAUGAUAGCACGCGGCCUGCGUGGGAUAUCUCUAAUUCAGACCGCCAGGCAUUCAUCAUGAAACUGGAGGAAUUCUCUUAUGUUCUUCCAAAAGGGUUCGUUCCACCAUCACGUCAUGCCCUAUCUCGGUUCUUUGCCGGGUAUAUCAAUGGAUUGAAUGAGCAUCUGCCAUUCAUACACGUGUCGACUCUCUCUGUCGCCAAGUGCUCCCCGGAGCUCACGUUAGCGUUGGCAGCUGCAGGGUCGCACUAUCGUUUCGAAAACAGCAGGGGAAUCGAUCUAUUCCAUGCUGCCAAGUCAAUCUUACUGGAGCGCCUCCGUCGAAGAGACAGCAAGCAAGUUCCACAGCCGUCAUGGAACUAUAUCUCCCCACCCUCUGGAUUCCACAACUCUCGUGGUUCGUCGAUGAUGUCUAACACGGCAAGCAGCCCAUACCAGCACCAUCAGCAGAUGUCGAACGCCCCAGUGAGUGCGUCAAUAUAUACUCCAGAUGAUUCAGAUGCGCACAUGGAGGUGAUUCGAACAUUUUUACUGUUGACCGUGUUCGCCUCGUGGGAACGACACCCAGAACUGCUACGGGAGAUUCUCUCGCUUCAAAGCACCUUGGCAAGGCUUGUUCGUGAGCAUGGCUUGUCCGAGCCACCUCCCACACCAGAGCCCAUUUCCUGGGAAGAGUGGGUGCGGAGGGAAGGCAACAGACGUACCAAGCUCAUUGUGUACUGCUUCUUCAACCUCCAUUCGAUCAUGUAUAACAUUCCCCCACUAAUUCCGAAUGGGGAGUUGAAGUUGAAUAUGCCAUGCGCUCAUGAUCUUUGGAAGUCAAGCAAUGCCCCCAGUGGCGCCGUCCGUCAAGGGUCAGAUGUGCCGUUCCAAGAGGCAUUUGCCAGGCUCUUCAUGAAAUCAUCAAUAUCGCUCCCUUCAGCACCGAUAUCCCCUCUUGGGAAUUAUAUCCUUAUCCACGCGAUCAUACAGCAGAUUUUCUUCGCCCGACAGCUCUGUCUAUCUGCGCCUCAUAUGCAGGGUACCAGCCUCAGACACGAAGACCUGAACGUGCUGGAUGGUUCUCUGAACGCAUGGAAGGCCCUGUGGAAACGAACUCCCGAAUCUAGCAUUGAUCCCCAGAACCCUGCGGGUCCAAUCGCAUUUACCUCUACCGCUCUGUUAGGGCUCGCUUACAUCCGACUUCACGUCGACCUGGGCCCCCUGCCGCCACCUCAUCACACAAGACCCGUACGACUUGGAAUUGAUUUCGUGGCCCGAACACAUUCGUUCUUUUGGAGUAUCCAGCAUUCCCUAUGCAGCUUGGAAUGCGCUUUCCUUCUGAGUCGCUGGCUCCUUUCUAUUCCUGCCACGCAUUCAGACCAGAGACUGUCAGAGCAUGAGCGGAAAUUACUCUUGUGGAUCAAGAGCAUGAUGGAUGAAACCGAGAUGGCUGUAGAUCCACCUGGCGCACCGGAUAUGGAUUUCAUGGCUAAUCCAUACAAGGUGCGCCAGCUGAGUGUUGCUAUCGUUCGUGUGUGGGCGCGAACUUUCAAGGGCAAUACCAGCUGGGCGAUUGUUGACCUGGUCGGUUCGAGUUUAGAUGCUUAUGCUGAUAUGCUCGAAUGCUGA